AGUAGUACUUGGAAUUGAAGACUUGUGUUUUUAAUGGCAACAACCCACGCUCUCGUCCGCUCCCUCUGAGACUCUGUGAGUGUGUGUGCCUUCCUUGGAAAAAAGCCGCCGGUGACUCACUGCAAGUCUUUCUCUUCUAACUGCUAUCGCACUUCUUCAGCAAAUUCCUCAAAAGUCUUUGCUGCUCUUUUUGGUGCACAUUUGGAAAUCCACUAGAGAUUUUAUUUAAGAACAAGUCCCCUCCCGAGAGAGAUCAAACUCCUAAGAGAAAGCCUGAAGACCUUUCCUUUGGCUUUGGUACCUCAAAUGAUGAGGAGAUUAGCUUGCUGUCGCCGCCACAACAGAGACAUCAGCAUCGACUUUGACGAGAAUAAUCGUGUAGUGACUUAUAAUGGGCUUGAGAGUUUCAUCCUCAACAGCUGCUCCCACGACAACAUCAGUGGCAACAGUGGCAUGAUGAGUGGUCCUGAUGGCUGUGUCACUACUACUGAUUUAUUGGAUGAGGAUUCCACGAGUUGCUCCUCUAGCAAGGAUGCGUCUGGCUCCUCUUUCUCCUCCCAAUGCUUGGCAUCUAACAAAAAGGAAAAGGAAGAGGAGGAGCAGCCUCUGCAUGACUUGGAUAUCCUAAGCUGCCUUGAUCGUGUCUGUCCCAAGGGGAAGGCUCAGCCUACUGCUUACUUAUUGUGCAUAUCUGAUGUUGAGGUCAUGAAGGAGAAAUUUGCAAAGUUGUUACUGGGUGAAGAUGUUUCAGGGGGAACUCGAGGGAUCAGCACUGCUUUGGCAUUGUCCAAUGCCAUCAUAAACCUCUCAGCAUGUGUUUUUGGGGAACUGUGGAAAUUGGAGCCCCUGUCCGAGGAAAGAAAGAAGAGGUGGCGGAGAGAGAUGGACUGGCUGCUCUCCCCUAUCAACUACAUGGUUGAAUUGGUUCCUGCAAAACAAAAUGGUGUCAAUGGCCGCAUGUUAGAGGUAGAGGUAGAGGUAGAGGUAAUGACCUCAAAAGCUCGUUCAGAUGUUCACGUGAGUCUUCCUGCCCUUCAGAAACUUGAUACCAUGCUCAUUGACGUUUUGGAUUCCAUGGUGGACACUGAGUUUUGGUACUCUGAGGGAGGCAGCAGAGCAGAAGGUUGGAGUAGUACUCCUGACUCUAGACCAAGCAAAAGAUGGUGGCUGCCAUCUCCACGAGUUCCUGAGUCUGGGCUAUCGACAUCUCAACGCAAAAGGCUUGGUUGUCAAGGGAAGCUUGUCCAUCAAGUCCUCAAGGCUGCAAAAUCCAUUAAUGAACAAGUUUUGCUUCAAAUGCCCAUUCCGACUGCUGUCAAAGAUGCUCUUCCAAAGUCAGGAAAGUCAAGCUUGGGAAAAGGUCUCUACCAUGCAAUAACUGCUGAAUUCUGCUCCAUUGAGGAAAUCAUGCUCUCCCUCAAUUUGAAGAGUGAGCACUGUGUGCUUGAGACUGUCAACAGGUUAGAGGGAGCAAUCUUUGCAUGGAGACACAGGAUUUCAGAGCAGCCGCCGCUGCCAUGCAAAAAAUCACCAAUCCGUUAUCCGUGGCAUUUGAUACGCGACGCCAGAUCACAAGCACAAAGGAUGGAGGCAGCACUGGAAAGAGCAGAAACGAUUCUUUGCAUCCUCAAGAUGAGAUUUCCAAACUUGCCUCAAACUUUUAUAGAUGUUACCAAAGUCCAGGACAACAAGGAUGUGGGGCAUUCGAUAGUGGAAGCAUACUCGAGGGUGCUCGUGAGCAUAGCGUUCAGAAUACUGUCGAGGAUUGGAGACAUCUUGCAAGAAGAUGAAGUGAAGAAGCCGAGCACUCCAAUUGCCACUCUCAGAUUUGACUUUUCUUCAGAUGUGUACCUUGCUGGUAUUACUGAAACACCACCAGGCCACAUCAGGCGCUCCCUCAUUGACCAGAUGAACAUUGUUGAUGGCCGCAUUUGCAAUUCCAUCGCUGUUAAAACUCCCAAGGAUUUGCACUUGUUCACCGUCAUCAGUCAAUAGUAUUAUUAUUAGCGUCACUGCAAGCUUUUUUUUUUUUUGGUAAAAUGACAGGAAUAUUGUUAUGCGUCCUGCUUUUAUGCUAAUUAUUAUUAUU